GCUUGAUCCUACUGCUUCUUGAUCGAUUUCUCUUGAAAGCUAUCUGUUGUCAAAAUUUUAGCUCACACUGACUCUACCUAUGUUUCUCAUUUUUUAAGCUAAUAGAGAAGAGAAAUGUCAACUAAAUCACAGCCUUCUUCAUGGCUUAGGCUCCUUAGCCGCUCCUUUCAAAAUCCACCUAGAGCCCAGCCUUCAUUUUCUCGGAAAAUCUGUACGAAUAUUUUGCCAAACACCCAUUACUCAACUCAUAUUCCUAAAACCCCCAUUAAACCCCAUUUCUCGUUUUGUCGAAAAAACUCGACUUUUUCCUAUUUCCACAACAACCGAACUCCAAAAUCUCCACUUUCUUUUACGAGAUGGCAUUUCUCUAGAGACUUCAGGUUCGACGAGCCCGGGGAGGAUGAUAUUUUGGCUGAUGUAUAUGCUGAAAUGGAACGCGAGAAGAAGCAAGAAAGAGAGGAUAGGAAGAGAAAAGGUUUGGACACAAAGGAUAUUGAUGAAGAGGAUAAAGAAGAUUAUAUGGGUGUAACGCCAUUGAUAGAGAAGCUUGAAAAGAAGUAUUUAAAGGAAAAGGAUACGACUAAAAAAAUUCGUAAAAAAUUCGAAUGGUCCUCGGAUUCAGAUUCCGAAAGUGAGGAUGAGGAGGAUUUAGUAAAGCUGGAAAAACAAUUUGAGAGGAAAAAAAAGAUGCAUGAGCAGUUGCUAAAGAACUACUGUGAGGCAGUGACACUUGAUGAUGCUUUUAAAUGGAUGGAUAAAAUUGACAAGUUUGAGGAAAAGCAUUUUAAACUUAGCCCAGAGUAUAGGGUCAUUGGCGACUUGAUGAAUCUACUUAAGGUUGCAGAAGGCAAGGAGAAAUUUAUCCUUCAGCAAAAAUUGAAUAGGGCAGUGAGGCUCCUUCAAUGGAGGGAACGCUAUGAUCCCAAUAAUCCUGCCAAUUAUAAAGUUAUGAAUAAUCAACAAGUUGGUCCUCCUGUUGAUCAUGAGGAAGAAGCUGAAGAGGAGAAUCAGAAGAAAAUAGUAAGAAAAGAUGAUGAGGAUGAGGAAGAAGAAGAGUUUGAUGACAUGAAAGAGAAAGAUAAUAUACUAUUGGAGAAGCUCAAUGCUAUUGACAAGAAACUUGAAGAGAAACUGGCAGAGUUGGAUUAUACAUUCGGCAGGAAGGGUAAGCUUCUAGAGGAGGAAAUCAGAUACCUUGCAGAGGAAAGAAAUUCUUUGACAGAGAAGAAAAGAAGACCUCUUUACAGAAAGGGUUUUGAUUUGAGGUUGAUAGAUAUAAAUCGAACUUGUAAAGUAACAAAGGGAGGGCAAGUGGUCAAAUACACCGUUUUGAUGGUGUGUGGAAACUAUCAUGGUGUUGUUGGAUAUGCAAAAGCCAAAGCCGAUGCAGUCCCAAUUGCAGUCCAAAGGGCACAUGAGAAAUGCUUUCAGAAUCUUCACUAUAUUGAACGACAUGAGGAGCACACUAUAGCCCAUGCAAUUCAAGCAUCAUAUAAGAAGACUAAGGUCUAUCUCUGGCCUGCACCAACUGCAUCGGGUAUGAGAGCUGGAAGAACCGUUGAAAACAUUUUGCUUUUAGCUGGCUUUAACAAUAUCAAAUCAAAGGUUAUUGGCUCAAGGAAUCCUCACAACACCGUCAAGGCUGUUUUUAAAGCCCUCAAUGCAGUUGAAACACCGAAAGACAUGCAGGAGAAGUUUGGGAGAGCGGUUGUUGAGAAACACUUGCUGCAGUGAGCAUAGGAUUAUACCAUCUUGUAUUCCCCCCCCCCCUCAAUUUACAACACCUUUGAGCUUAAA